AUGCUUGGUCUGCAGUCUGGAUUCAUUACUAGGGUGAAAGAAAAAAUCCAUCUGUUGUUUCAUCGUGAAGCCUUAGCAUCCAGAACCGUACCUACUGAAAUGAGAAACGUCCUGAACGUGGCUAUCAAGGUUGUCAACUUUGCUAAAUGUGGAACCUUAAACAUUCGUCUUUUCAAACUGUUGUUUGAAUCUGAAUACGAAGCAUUGCUUUUUCACACGAACGUACAAUGGCUAUCAGAGGGGAACAUGCUUGGACGGCUUUAUGAACUACGAGAUGUAACAAUAUUUCUUGAUUUGCAGCAGAAAGCAGAUCUCCAUGACAAGUUCCAGUCUGAAGGCUUUCAGCUAUUUCUAGCUUACCCGGUGGACAUCUUCGAAGCGUUGAAUGCUCUCAACCUUAAACUACAAGGGAAAAACAUCAACAUUCUCACGCACCACGACACCAUUCGAACCUUAAAGAAACAAAUAAUCACUCAUCUAACUGACUUGAAAACAGAAUUCAUCAGAUGCUUCCCAGAUAUAGAGGAAAAGCGUGAAGCUUGGAAAUUCUUCAGGAACCCAUUUCAUUGUGAAGUGACUGAUGUUUUGGAUGAAGUGCAAGAGGAGUUUCUUGAGCUGAAGUUCAACUCCCCAGCUAAGGAAGACUUUAAAGAACUGGAUCUUGAAAUGUUCCGGAUCAAGUACCUUCCUGUUUACCCUCUGAUCUCACAUCAGACUCUUUGGAUUUUAGCUAUGUUUGGACCCACGUAUCUUUGUGAAGCUGCAUCUUCCACACUCGUUACUUUAUUAUAUCGAUAUUUGACUGGAAAUUUGAGUUUUAGCCUUGAAUUACGGCGCUGUUCCACAUAA